ACCUUGAAAUAAUUCUCUUUUAUUUCUCUCUCUAGCUAUCAUCCCAUUUAUUAUAGCUAAUUCUUUUGCUAUACUGAUGAUUUGAAUAAGAGAAAACUAUACAUAUGGAGAGCAAUUCUACUGAAGUUUCUAAAGAUGAGAAGGGCACAAGCUACAUCUUAGAGCUUCACAAUGCGGUAAAGUCCGGAGGCAAAAACAAGCUACUCGGCCGCUUAAGUUCAAAUCAUCCAAUAGUGUUGGAGACCAAUAAACAUGGUGAUACGCCACUGCAUGUUGCUGCAAGGUUAGGGAAUUUUGAAGCGGUGAAAGACAUAGUCGACUGUGAAACUGGAGAGGCUACGUUGAGAAGCUGUUAGAAAAAUAUGAUGGCGAUCUUUUAGAAAUGAAAGAUGAUCAUGGAUGGACUCCUCUUCACCAUGCGGCACACUUUGGCGAGGUGGAAGUGGUGAAAAGAUUUUUGCAGAAAAAAGCAACCCUUGCUUUGAUUCAAGACAAUGAAGGCAUGUCCCCUCUUCAUAUUUCAGCAAGGAGUGGUUCUUUUGGAGCAGUAAAAUCAUUAAUAGCUGAAUCCGGAAAAUAUUCGUACAACAUUUGUGAGUUAUUGGACAACAACGACCGAACGGCUCUACAUGUUGCUGUGGAGAGUAGAAACAUAUGCUUGGUAAAGGGAAUGCUACAUUUCAAGGAGUUUAAUGAUAUUUUACAUUGGAAAGACAAAGAUGGAAAUACUUGCUUCCAUCUCGCUGUGUUAACUCGAAGUGGAAUAAUGACAUCAUCAUUUUUAUUUUCUCGUCGAGUACUUGACAUAGUCGCUAUCUUAACUGGGAGUGGAACAGUGACAUCAUCAUUUUUAUUAUCUGGUCGAGUACUUGACAAAUUCGCUCUUAAUAGUAAGGGAAUGACGGCCACUGAUAUUGUGCAUGAUGAAAACUUCAACCGGAUUUCGAGCCUUGAGAGUUGAGACCUCGAAAGCUGGAUUCGUCAGGUGUGAGAUCGCAAUAGCUAGAAUACAUGUUCGUAACCUAGGCGCCGAAUCUUCAAAGUUGGUGGCAACCUCGAAGAUGGGUAACCUCGAAGUCCUUAUAAGCUCGAAAGAUAGACAUCGGAAGGCAUCCAUUUUUGGGUGACCUCGGAUCAAGAGGUCCGAGCUUGACAUGAGUGUGAGCUCGAAACAAGGUGGUCUCAGUGAUAUUUUCCCACCCCGAGCUGGUCUUGGGGAAAAUAAUAUAACUCGUAAGUUACUCAGAGACCUAGACUGGCAUGAUGCUGAUGAUGCUGAUUGCUGAUCUCGAACAGCUUAAUAGGUCACUUGAAGAGACGCAGUCUACAUUUAUUGUUGUAACUUCCCUACAAUAAAGGGAAGUUAUUUAUUAGUCGGUUAUACGCCCCCUGGUCUUCAGGGGAUGUUUCCUGGUAUAUAGGAGUUACAGGCUUUAAAGCCAUUAAAUUUAUUAAUAUACAGAAUAACUUCCCGAAAUGUGUAGGAUAGUAUUCUAAGAUUUCCUCUAUAAAUAGAGAGGUCAUGUACCAUUGUAAGGGAUCAAAAUUUUGUAAUCUUGAGAGAACCUCUGGAGAAUUCAUUCCUGAAGAAUAUCCAGAGAUUUCCUAAG